AUGAAGCCUCUCGCCUUCCUGGGUCUGGCCGUGCCAUCGGCCCUCGCAUUGGGCAUCCCCGCACAACAGAUUAUCUCCCCCAAGAAGGGCUUCUCCAACGGGGCCUUUGAACCCUCGGCCCGAGAAACCUGCCCGCAGACAUCGAAGGUUCCAAUUCCGCAUGAUGGAUUACAUUCGUCCUUGGACUUCCUCCGAGAUACAGGGUUCCGCGCCCGCCAGGCCACACGACUCUCCCGGGCAGUCCAGGUGCCCACGACCGUCGGCGACUUCGCGACGGACCCGUACGACGAGUCCUUCGAUGCAAUUGUGGAGUUCCAAUCUCUUUUGGAGGAGAUGUUCCCGCUAGUGCACGCUGAAGCAGAGGUUGAGCACAUCAACAGACUUGGAUUAGUCUUCACUUUCCAAGGUGCUGAUACGACACGGAAGCCUAUCCUGUUCAUGGCCCACCAGGAUGUCGUGCCCAUUGAUGACCCGUCGGACUGGACGUACCCGCCCUUCGACGGUGUGUUCGAUGGCGAGUGGAUCUGGGGCCGCGGAUCCAGCGAUUGCAAGAACGUAUUGAUCGGACUCCUGUCUACUCUGGAGGACCUGGUGUCGCAAAACUGGCGCCCCCAGCGCACCGUCGUCCUGGCCUUUGGCUUUGACGAAGAGUCGCAUGGAUUCCUAGGCGCCGGGGCAAUUGCCCCGGCCCUGGAGAAGAAAUACGGCAAAGACAGCUUCGAGUUUAUCCUAGACGAGGGUGGCAUGGGCCUCCAGAGCCUUGGAGAUAACACAGAGAUUUUGUAUGCACUACCGGGCGUCGGCGAGAAGGGCAGCCUGGAUCUGGUCAUGGAGAUGGCUGUUCCGGGUGGCCACAGCUCCGUCCCGCCUGCGCACACAGGUAUUGGCAUCAUGGCCGAGAUCCUGUAUGAGCUGGAGCGCCAGGACCUCUUCAAGCCGCGUCUAGAUCCUGCGCACCCGUCGUACGGCAUGCUCGAGUGCCAGGCACGGUACUCGCCCGAGUCCGUCGAGGCCUGGCUGGCCGACAAGCUGGCCGAGGGCGAUGCUGAGGCGUUGGGCGAAGCCGUCGCCCAGUCUCGCGGCCCUGCAGUGCGCUACACGCUGCAAACCUCCCAGGCGGCAGAUUUGAUCCACGGCGGCGUCAAGACCAACGCCCUGCCAGAAAAGAUCUCGGCGAUCGUGAACUACCGCGUGGCGCUGCACAUGACGCCCGAGCAAAUCCGCGAGCGCGCAGUGCGCAUCAUCUCGCCUAUCGCUCGAGCUCACAACAUCAGCCUGACCGUCGACUUCCCCGGCAUCGCAACCACCGAGGACGAGCUCAGCGGGUCAGGCGACCGCACUCUAGUCCUGUCUCCGCUCAUGGAGCCCCUGAACCCAGCUCCAAUCUCUCCCACAAACCCACUCACAUCGAAGACGUGGGCCCGCUUCUCCGGCGUCGCGCGUAGCGUCUUCGAGUCACACCCUAACCCCCUGACCCAAAUGACCCCAGCUGGCGAGUCCGAGUCGACCCCGACAGUGGUAGUGACUGGCGAUAUCAUGACCGGGAACACUGACACGCGCUUCUACUGGUCUCUGUCGGAGAACAUCUACCGCUGGAGCCCGUCGCGAGCCGGCGGUACUCUCAACAUUCACACUGUGGAUGAGCGGAUCCGGUUGGACGUGCACCUGGAAGCUAUUAUGCUGUACUAUGAUUUGAUCCGUUCAUUUGAUGGAUGGGACGAAGAUUCAGAGUAA